AUGGAUCCAUUCUCCAUCACAGUGGGUGCCGCGGCCCUGACACACUUGGCAACGAAAAUUGCCGUUACUCUGAAGGAUACAUACCAGGCAUACCACUCUGCUCCAAAAGAUAUGUUGGAAAUUGCGGAUCAGAUAACUCUAGUUGCUGGGCUGGUCGAUGUCUUUGCAAAGGGCCUUGAUGGGACUGGGCGGAAGUUUCCCAAAACGUUUCAAGAACACGCUAUGAAUCUUGUUCGUCAGUGUGAAACCAUCCUGAAAGAAAUCCAAAGGAUGAUCCCCGGCAGUUCCACAAGAUCUGUCAACACGGAGAGCUUAAGGUAUGCCUUCGGAAACAAGAAGAAGAUCGAAAAGCAGCAGACGGCCUUGAAAGGAGUGCAGCACAUGUUUAUGUUCAUGACCACUUGCUAUAUGUAUAGUUUACCACAAGAAGCGGAGGUAGCGUCGGCAGCACCCGUCGGCAAUUUUCAUGGUGUCAUGAAACAUGUUCCUAUUCAGAUCAGUAUGAAUCAGGAUGGUGGUAACAGCCCUACGGUUGCUUAUGAAGCCACAUUGACGCUCAGACCGGCGCCACGCGUACCUUCCCGAAGCUACGAAAGACGAAAGGCAUCUCAUCAUGAGCGCUCUUAUGCUGGGGAAAGACGUGAGAACGAAAGGAGCCGUCUCGCCAACAUGCGCCGCAGUCCAUACUUUGCUUUGGCAUUAUUGGAGCCGCCGUUACACAGCGAAGAUGAUCGACGUGCUGAAAGUGAAGAAGCCACGAUGAAUAGAAGGGGUAAAGAAGAGGCCAAGAGUAAGUCAGCCUUUGAGCUGCCUUCUGAUCAGGAGGCCACCGAAGAAGUGGACACCCUGCUCUCAAGGUGGUUUGACGACGACACUCACUCGAAUACCAACCACUCGCAUGACGAGUCAUACCCAAUUCCUCACACCGAUCCAGAAGUAGAUGAGCAUGACAGUGACAACGACCGUAACCUACCGUCCGCUAGGGAGCGCCCAGAAAAUGCUCCACAAUCCAUGCCUAUCCGGCACUGGGUGUGUGAUGGGUGCGAGCGAGAGUCCUGGGAAGUGGACAACGAAAAUGACAGGACAUUGAAGCGAUUGAAGCGAUAUAAGUGCAGAAUCUGCACUGACUUCGACUUCUGUGGUUCCUGUUACCCCGACCACUACUACUUGCGACGCAAAGGUAGCUUAAUCCUCAACAUGUCUCACUCUCAAGAUCAAGCAGUUAGUACUACAGAUUGUGCACACACAGAAGCUCCUGUCUCCACACGUUCGUACUUCAUUUGCGCCUUCGCUAGCUUUGGGGGCAUACUCUUCGGUUACGACGCUGGUUACAUUAAUGGCGUGCUCGGCAUGGCCUAUGUCAAGCGAACCAUUGGUCACGUUUUUCCUGUCACUAAAGAUAACCCAGGCGGUUAUGCCUUAACCUCCUCACAAAGAUCGCUGAUUGUGUCUAUUCUCUCCGCUGGCGCGUUCUUUGGUGCCCUUAUUGGUGGUCAAGCAGCAGAAUGCGUCGGUCGCCGCGUCACAAUCAUGAUAUCUUGCCUCAUCUUUGCUAUUGGAGUAGCGAUUCAGAUUGUCAGCACCUCCGCAAAUAUGCUCGUUGGAAGUCGUUUGGUCGCAGGUCUCGGUGUGGGGGGGGUUUCAGCUGUCGUCAUUGUCUACGUCUCAGAAAUUGCGCCAAAACGAGUGCGCGGUCUCCUCGUGUCUCUGUACCAGUUUUGCAUCACUCUUGGUCUGCUCAUCGCUGCUUGCGUCGAUCAAGGUACCCAGGCCCUGAACAGCCGCAACUCAUACCGCAUUCCUAUCGCUCUCCAACUAAUCUGGGCGGCGAUACUCGCACUCGGAUUAUUCCUGCUUCCAGAGUCCCCUCGCUAUCUGAUCAAGAAAGGAAAACCUGAGGCCGCUCUGAAGGCUCUAUCCAGAGUACGUGGCCAACCACUUGACUCACCAUACCUGGAAGCCGAGCUUGCCGAGGUUCAAGCAAACUACGACUGCGAAAUGCGAAUCAGUUCAACCAGCUGGCUCGAUUGCUUCAGAGGUGGCUUCCGAUCAUCGAGCAACCUUCGUCGCGUUUUGAUCGGCACCUCGUUGCAGAUGUUCCAACAUGGGACAGGAGUGCAUUCCAUCUUCUACUACGGCACAACCUUCUUCCAACAAUCUGACAUCCGUAGUGCUUUCCUCAUUACCAUGAUACCCAAUAUCGUCAACGUAUGCUCUACACCCCUCUCCUUCUACACCAUCGAACGCUUCGGUCGUCGCAUCCUCCUCAUCUACGGCGCACUCUUGAUGCUGAUCUGCGAAUUUAUCAUCGCUAUCGUCGGCACCGCGGCCCCGAAGUCCGAUGCCGCAAGCAAAGUCCUCAUUGCCUUGGUCUGCGUCUACAUAUGUGUCUUCGCUUCAACGUGGGGCCCUACGGCCUGGGUUCUAAUUGGCGAGCUGUUCCCACUUCCGAUCCGUGCAAAAGGUGUGGCGCUCGCGACGGCAAGUAACUGGUUCUGGAACUGCAUUAUCAGGGUCGUGACACCAUACAUGGUGGACGCGGAUCAGGGCAAUCUGCGCUCCAGGGUCUUCUUCGUUUGGGGCUGUACAUGCGUCUUGUGUCUGCUGUUUGUGUAUUUCUGUGUCCCGGAGACGAAAGGGCUGAGUCUUGAAGAGGUGGAUCGCAUGAUGGAGGAAACUACGCCAAGGACCUCGAAGAGAUGGAUCCCGCAUUCAACGUAUGUGCAGGAGGCCGGGUUGUUCAAGGGAGGGGGUGUUACUCUGCGACCGGCUGUGGCGAACGCAGGAGAAGCUGAGCAUGAGGAGAAGGUUCAUGGAGGUGACGGUGAUGUGAUUGCUGGUGGGAGGGUCUGA